GAGCCCCCGCGCCCCUGCCCCCGAGGCGUGCCGUGGCCAUGGCGGCUGUGCGCGGGGCGCCCCUGCUCGGCUGCCUCCUGGCGCUGCUGGCGCUGUGCCCCGGGGGGCGCGCGCAGACGGUGCUGACCGACGACGAGAUAGAGGAGUUCCUCGAGGGCUUUCUGUCGGAGCUGGAUCCCGAGCCCCGCGAGGACGACGUGGAGGCCCCGCCGCCCCCCGAGCCCACCCCGCGCGUCCGCAAAGCCCAGACGGGGGGCAAGCCGGGGGCGCGUCCAGGGGCGGCCAGAGAGGGAGAGGCACCUCCAGAAAAGGUCAAAGACAAAGGAAAGAAAGGGAAGAAGGACAAAGGCCCCAAGGCCACCAAGCAGCCCCUGGAGGGGUCCCCCAGACCACCCAAGAAGCCCAAGGAGAAGCCACCUAAGGCCACCAAGAAGCCCAAGGAGAAGCCACCCAAGGCCACCAAGAAGCCCAAGGAGAAGCCACCUAAGGCCACCAAGAAGCCCAAGGAGAAGCCACCCAAGGCCACUAAGAAGCCCGUGGCUGGGAAGAGGCUGCCCACCCCAACCCCCUCAGAAACCCCGUGGUGGCCACUGCCCCGACCCCCCGGCCCCGGGCCCGAGGAGAAGCUGCCCCAGGAGGGAGGGGGUGCCCUCCCAAGUCCCUGGCAAGGGCCAGGAGGAGAGACCGAUGUGGAGCACCAGCCUGAGCUGGAGGAGGAGACCGAGCAGCCCACGCUGGACUACAACGACCAGAUAGAGAGGGAGGACUAUGAGGACUUUGAGUACAUCCGGCGCCAGAAGCAGCCCAGGCCGCCCCCCAGCAGGAGGAGGCCUGAGAGGCCCUGGCCUGAGCGCCCUGAGGAGAAGCCGGAGCUGCCCAGGCCAGGGGUCAAGGCCCCAGAGGAGGAGGAGGAGAGGAUCGAGCUGCCUCUGAAGCCACUGCCACCCCCGCCACUUCCUGACUAUGGAGAUGGCUACGGGGUCCCCGACUAUGACGACAUGGACUAUUACUUCCGGCCUCCGAGGCCCCAGAAGCCCUACACAGAGCUGGAAACAGAUGAAGAGAAGGAGGGGCUGAAGAAACCCAAAAAGGAGGGCGGCAGCCCCAAGGAGGAGGAGACGGAUGACAAAUGGACUGUGGAGAAGGGCAAGGACCCCAAAGGGCCCCGGAAGGGUGAGGAGUUGGAGGAGGAGUGGGCUCCAACAGAGAAAGUCAAGUGCCCCCCCAUCGGGAUGGAGUCGCACCAUAUCGAGGACAACCAGAUCCGGGCCUCCUCCAUGCUGCGCCACGGCCUGGGGGCACAGCGUGGCCGGCUCAACAUCCAGGCUGGUGCCACUGAGGACGACUACUAUGAUGGGGCAUGGUGUGCCGAGGAUGACGCUCAGACCCAGUGGAUUGAGGUGGACACCAGAAGGACCACUAAGUUCACAGGUGUCAUCACCCAGGGCCGUGACUCCAGCAUCCAUGACGAUUUUGUGACCUCCUUCUUCGUGGGCUUCAGCAAUGAUAGCCAGACAUGGGUGAUGUACACCAAUGGCUACGAGGAAAUGACCUUCCACGGCAAUGUGGACAAGGACACACCUGUGCUGAGUGAGCUCCCGGAGCCAGUGGUGGCCCGCUUCAUCCGCAUCUACCCACUCACCUGGAACGGCAGCCUGUGCAUGCGCCUGGAGGUGCUGGGGUGCCCCGUGUCCCCCGUUCACAGCUACUACACACAGAAUGAGGUAGUGACCACUGACAAUCUGGAUUUCCGGCACCACAGCUACAAGGACAUGCGCCAGCUGAUGAAGGUGGUGAACGAAGAGUGCCCCACCAUCACCCGCACUUACAGCCUGGGAAAGAGCUCACGCGGGCUCAAGAUCUAUGCCAUGGAAAUCUCAGACAACCCUGGAGACCAUGAGCUGGGGGAGCCCGAGUUUCGCUACACAGCUGGGAUCCAUGGCAAUGAGGUGCUGGGCCGUGAGCUGCUGCUGCUGCUCAUGCAGUACCUGUGCCGUGAAUACCGCGACGGGAACCCCCGUGUGCGCAGCCUGGUGCAGGACACGCGCAUCCACCUGGUGCCCUCACUGAACCCUGAUGGCUACGAAGUGGCAGCGCAGAUGGGCUCAGAGUUUGGGAACUGGGCGCUGGGGCUAUGGACCGAGGAGGGCUUUGACAUCUAUGAAGACUUCCCGGAUCUCAACUCUGUGCUCUGGGGAGCUGAGGAGAGGAAAUGGGUCCCCUACCGGGUUCCUAACAAUAACCUGCCCAUCCCUGAACGCUACCUCUCCCCAGAUGCCACGGUAUCCACGGAGGUCCGGGCCAUCAUUGCCUGGAUGGAGAAGAACCCCUUUGUGUUGGGGGCAAACCUGAAUGGCGGUGAGCGGCUGGUGUCCUACCCCUACGACAUGGCCCGCACGCCCAGCCAGGAGCAGCUGCUGGCUGCGGCCAUGGCAGCCGCCCGGGGAGAGGACGAGGACGAGGCAUCUGAGGUCCAGGAGACCCCAGACCACGCCAUCUUCCGCUGGCUGGCCAUCUCCUUUGCCUCCGCUCACCUCACCAUGACUGAGCCUUACCGGGGAGGGUGCCAAGCACAGGACUACACCAGCGGCAUGGGCAUCGUCAACGGGGCCAAGUGGAAUCCCCGAUCUGGGACUAUCAAUGACUUCAGUUACCUGCACACCAAUUGCCUGGAGCUCUCCAUCUACCUGGGCUGUGACAAGUUCCCUCACGAGAGUGAGCUGCCUCGAGAGUGGGAGAACAACAAGGAAGCUCUGCUCACCUUCAUGGAGCAGGUUCACCGUGGCAUCAAGGGGGUUGUGACAGAUGAGCAGGGCAUCCCUAUUGCCAAUGCCACCAUCUCCGUGAGUGGCAUUAACCACGGUGUGAAGACAGCAAGUGGUGGUGAUUACUGGCGCAUCCUGAACCCGGGUGAGUACCGCGUGACAGCUCACGCAGAGGGCUACACCCCCAGCGCCAAGACCUGCAACGUGGAUUAUGACAUCGGGGCCACCCAGUGCAACUUCAUCCUGGCGCGCUCUAACUGGAAGCGCAUCCGGGAGAUCUUGGCCAUGAACGGGAACCGGCCUAUCCCACACAUUGACCCAUCACGCCCCAUGACCCCCCAGCAGCGACGCAUGCAGCGCCGCCGGCUGCAGCACCGGCUGCGAAUGCGUGAACAGAUGCGGCUCCGUCGCCUCAAUGCCACUGCAAGCCCAGCCACGUCCCCCACAUCGCCCCCAACAUCGCCCCCCACCCCCCCCACACUGCUCCCCACCCCUACCCUCGCCCCCUCACCCGCCCCAAGCUCCACCCUGGGGCCCUGGCACUUUAUACCCGAGACCACGGCCAACUGGGAGGAGUCAGAGACUGAGACCUACACGGAGGUGGUGACGGAGUUUGGGACAGAGCUGGGGCCUGAGGAGGAGGAGGAGGAGGAGAUGGUCACGGGCCCGGAGUUCCCCUUCACCACAGCCGAGACCUACACAGUGAACUUCGGGGACUUCUGAGAACAGGUCUCCCAACGCUGAGCACGCGCCAGUUGUCAUGUCACCUCGGCCAGCUCAGCAGCCAUCAGCACACGGAAGGCCCCCUGGUGUGGGCCGGGCCAGGAGGGGGCAUGAAUGUGACCAAGCCCUUUGAGCCUGGGUCUGCGUCAGGCUUCUGCUCCGCCUGCUGGCCCCGUAGAGGACAGGCUGCUGCAGGGCUGGGGUAGGGGCAGGCCGAGCGAGCCCAAGAGGCAGACUUCUCGACACUUGCCCAGGCCACACCAAUAAACCAAGCUCACGGCACA